UAGCACCGGUAGCUUCUCUUUGGAGUUUCAAGUUUGACGCCGGCUCGUUGUCUGCGUCUAAAGUUGGAACCUAACACAUCGCCUCCCUCACUCUCAUCGUAACAAACAAACAACCGCGGUUGGACUUGAAUAUGUGUGUUUCAAUUUUCAUUGACAACAAGGAGGGUUCACUGUAGCAUCAGCAUCUGUAUACCGUGUCUUCGUUUAUUGCGACCCACAUCGCGGUGGCUCCAUUGGGGUUAGUUUCUCCCACCUUCAUGUUGAAAACAUUCAAGUUAUCAAUCCAUGUCAAUAGAACCAUGCUACUUUGCUUCAAAAUCCCUUCUUUCCCACUUUGCACCUCUGCCCCUGAAACCAAUUUCAAUGAUCACAAUGAAGCCGAGAGUAGUAGUAGUAGUAGUAGUAGUAGUGACAAUGAGACAGAGUGGGAGAGAUUGCUCAAACCCUUUGACCUCAAACAGCUUAGGAGGUCACUCUCGCUCACCCCAAUUAGCCCAUUUCAGCUUUGUAAAUUGUUGGAGCUCCCUCUUGACAUUCCCACUUCAAUGGAACUGUUUCAAAGGGCUGGUGCGCAAAAGGGUUAUUCUCACACCUUUGAUGCUUGCUAUCUCUUAAUUGAUAAGCUUGGGGCUGUUGGGGACUUCAAAGUUAUAGAGAAGUUGUUGAAGCAAAUGAAGGAUGAAGGCCUUCUGUUUAAAGAAUCACUCUUUAUAUUGAUUAUGAAGCAUUAUGGUAAGGCUGGAUUGCCUGGCCAAGCAACUAGGCUUUUGUUGGACAUGUGGGGUGUUUAUUCCUGUGACCCAACUUUUAAGUCUUACAAUGUUGUGUUGGAUAUUCUGGUUGAUGGAGAUUGCCCUAGGGUGGCACCUAAUGUUUUCUAUGACAUGUUGAGUCGAGGUGUUUCUCCGACCGUGUAUACAUUUGGGGUGGUCAUGAAAGCCUUGUGUAUGGUUAGUGAGGUUGAUUCAGCUUGCUCACUUUUGAGGGACAUGGCGAAGCACGGCUGUGUUCCAAAUUCGGUCAUUUACCAGACCCUGAUUCAUGCUCUUUGCGAAAACAACAGAGUGAGUGAAGCAUUGCAGCUUUUGGAGGACAUGUUUCUAAUGUGCUGUGAGCCUGAUGUUCAGACCUUCAAUGAUGUCAUCCACGGCCUCUGCAGGGCUGGUCGGAUUCACGAGGCAGCGAAGUUGCUUGAUAGAAUGCUCCUUCGAGGUUUCAGCACCGAUGCUCUGACUUAUGGAUAUUUAAUGCAUGGGUUGUGCAGAAUGGGGCAAGUUGAUGAAGCGAGGGCGUUGCUGAACAAAAUUCCCAACCCCAAUACUGUGCUCUAUAAUACAUUAAUUAGUGGAUAUGUUGCCAGUGGAAGGUUUGAAGAAGCCAAGGAUCUUCUAUACAAUAACAUGGUAAUUGCAGGUUAUGAGCCUGAUGCCUACACGUUUAACAUAAUGAUUGAUGGACUAGUCAAGAAAGGGUAUUUGGUCUCUGCUCUUGAAUUAUUAAAUGAGAUGGUAGCAAAACGGUUUGAGCCAAAUGUGAUCACAUACACAAUAUUGAUAAAUGGUUUCUGCAAGCAAGGCCGAUUAGAGGAAGCUGCUGAAAUUGUGAAUAGCAUGUCAGCCAAGGGUCUGAGUCUGAAUACAGUGGGGUACAAUUGCUUGAUUUGUGCACUGUGCAAGGAUGGGAAUAUUGAAGAAGCUUUACAGCUUUUUGGUGAAAUGUCUGGCAAAGGAUGUAAACCUGACAUUUAUACAUUUAAUUCUUUAAUAAAUGGACUUUGCAAGAAUCAUAAGAUGGAAGAGGCCUUGAGUUUAUAUCAUGACAUGUUCUUGGAGGGUGUUAUUGCUAACACUGUAACAUACAACACGUUGGUUCAUGCAUUUCUUAUGAGAGAUUCUAUCCAACAAGCAUUUAAGCUUGUUGAUGAAAUGCUAUUUAGAGGGUGCCCUCUUGACAAUAUUACAUAUAACGGCCUUAUCAAAGCUCUGUGUAAAACUGGGGCAGUUGAAAAAGGAUUGGGAUUGUUUGAAGAAAUGCUUGGGAAAGGGAUUUUUCCUACUAUUAUCUCUUGCAAUAUACUGAUCAGUGGCUUGUGUAGAACUGGAAAAGUAAAUGACGCUCUAAAAUUUCUUCAGGAUAUGAUUCAUCGUGGUUUGACUCCAGAUAUAGUCACUUAUAACAGCUUGAUCAAUGGGCUUUGCAAGAUGGGUCAUGUUCAAGAGGCAUCAAACCUUUUUAACAAGUUACAAAGUGAAGGAAUUCGUCCUGAUGCUAUUACAUAUAACACACUGAUCAGUAGGCACUGUCAUGAGGGUAUGUUUAAUGAUGCGUGUCUGCUUUUAUAUAAAGGCGUAGAUAGCGGGUUCAUUCCUAAUGAAGUCACUUGGUCAAUACUGAUAAAUUAUAUUGUGAAAAAAAUACCAUGGGGAGCAAGAUUUUCUAAGGAUUUUACGGUGGAAUGUGGAGUUUCUUUUCCUUGAAGCCAACUUAUUCUAUCCAGUCUUAUCUUAUUUGAUUUGUCUGUUGGCAUUCUGAUUAUGAGCUAAUGUUGGCUAAGAAUUUUGGUACAUUUGCUAUUCUCAUAGGAAAUUGGGACUCCAACAUUGUAAAUUGUUUUUAAGAUUUGUGAAUUGUUAUUGCUGACUGGACUUUGAAGUUUGCACAAGUGCAGAAUGGGGAAACACUAUUUUCAGUUAUCUCACCAAACUGAUCGAAGUUUUCUGUAGCUGAAGCAUAAACAUUCAAUUUUUAUGUAUACAUCAGGAGAGAGAAAGCUAGGCGGCUGGUUCCACUGCUGGUUAAGAGGAACACUUCCUGGUUGGGGUGGAUAAGAAAUCACAGGGUUGGUAAUUGACAUGACUUCCUUGUAAUAUACCGCACCACUAUAUCAAUAAUUAGUUUGAUUUUACCCGAUAAAGGUUAGCACCAUGACAUAAAAGGAAGAGAAGGGUUGCUGUAAACUCAGUGAUGAGGGCUCUGUAGAAGGACCACUUUGUGAGCUCGUGUGCCUUCCUUAUCUCUUCAUCAGUUUCUCUUUAAAAGAACUCAUUGCUUUUAUCUUUGCACACAAGUAUGUCAUGUUUAACAAAGAAAUUUUACCCUUACUCAGAGUCAGUUAUGAUUUGUUUAGUUGUUCAUGAUGAUUUUUCAUUAAUUUAUUUGUUAUUCUAUUA